UUGCCCAGCAGCGAUCACAUCACCACGCAGCCAUCGUCCUCAUCGCCCUCCCGUCGCUUCCCUUCCUAGUCGGCGCUGUUCUGCUAGUCUCCACUCAUCAUCUCGGCGCGGCACAUUCUCACGCGGCUCCACUGUCCGUCUCGUGGCUGCCAAACUCGUGUUAUGCGCCGCCGUUCAACGAGUUUUACUCAUUGCGAACGGGCAGUCGCGAUUGCCUAGAGCCACCCGAGCGAGCCCCUGACGACCCGCCAUCGCCACUGUUACUUUGAGAAGAACUUGUCUAAUCGUCACACCGAUAAUAGGCCCUAUGAUGUCGUCCGGCGUGUCUGGGCCGCACCACCAGCUGCCACUGAACCAGCAUCAGAUCGCGCAGCAGCAACAGGCUGCAGCGAUUCAGGUCGAGAUGGCCAAGCGCCGAAGUCGCAAGCCCACCGACAAGAACCUCCCUGACGAUAUCGAUAAUGCUACCAUUGGCGACAUGGCUUCUCGCUACCGAGAUCUGCGCGAGUUCGAGAGGCGGCUAGACGCUACCAUGACGCGCAAGCGGUUGGACAUUGUUGACUCGGUCAACAGGAGCGUCAAGAGAUGGAAAACACUGCGCAUCUGGAUAUCGAACACGGCCGAGGACCAGGUCUGGCAAGGCAAUGAUCUGGACGUCAACAGCUUCGACUUCAGCUCUAACCUUGAGCCUACGUAUCGCGUCAAGAUUGAAGGACGGCUCCUCGAUGACGAGGACGACGAUUUGGACGAGGACAAGCCUGCAGUCACCGAUUCCGACGCGAUGGAUGUUGAAAACGCGACCACUACCAAGGGCAUCAAGACACAGAAAUACCGCCUGUCACAUUUCUUCAAAUCCCUGUCUGUCGACUUCCCCGCCAACAGGAAAGGCAUCGAUACCAGCGUCGAGUGGAAGAAGCCUGAGCGCAACGGUCAAACUGCGAACCUCCCCCCGUCUGCCGACUUUGACGAGUUCACGUUUAAGAGGAGUGGCGAUGAGACCAUGAAUAUUACAAUCAAUCUCUUCCGCCACGAGGAGCCGGAGCGAUAUGCCCUAUCGCCGGCGCUGGAGGACAUCGUUGAUCUUUCCGAGGCCACACGACAAGAGGUGGUUACUGGAUUGUGGGAGUACAUCAAGAUGCUCGACCUGCAAGAAGAUGAGGAGAAGCGCAACUUCCGCUGCGAUGAAUUGCUCCGCAAAGCAUUCAACAUUGAAAUGGGAUCGAUCCCAAAGCUCCAUGAAUACAUCACACCACAUCUGAAAACAUUGCCCCCAGUGCAGCUCGUGUACACUGUACGGCUCGACGAGGAGUUUCACAAGAACCCGCAACCUACCGUGUACGACGUCCGCGUCGCUGUGGAUGAUGCGCUGCGAGACAAGAUGGUCUCGUUCCUGAACAAUGCUGGCUAUGCAAGCAUGCUCAAGGACGCUGCAUCUCUCGAUGAUCAACUGGCGACCAUCGUGCAGGCUAUCCACGUAUCGAAGUCGAAGCAUGCGUUCCUGACUGCGCUGAGUGAGGACCCAGCGACAUUUGUGCGCAACUGGCUGAGCUCACAGAAGAGGGACUUGGAGAUCAUUAUGGGCGAGUCCAUGCGUGGCGGCAGCGAUAAUUUCAAUGGUGACGAGUGGCGGAAGGGAGGCCGGGAUAGCGUCUGGAACACGGUCAACGCCCGCGAGAGCAUCAGCGUCAUGUUGGCAAAGCAGAUGCCACAAUUGCAGCAGCGGUGAUUCUUGGCGUGCUAUUUUCUUGGUAGACUUAGGAGUUUGGGCGCAAAUCCUGAAGCGAUGGAUCGAGGACGUGAGAAGAUCAUUGGGGCCUAUCUGGUCAGUUUGCAUGCACAGCAUCUUGAUCUGGGUUCUGCAUAUUGUAUAUACGGGCAAUGGCGUUCGAACGGAGCCAUUUCCCCCCAGGAUGUUCCAAUUACUUCUUGGUCGUGAGUUUCCCAUGCAUCAAUGAACAACGCACGAGCAUAGUGAAGAUACCG